CUGGCACAAAUGUGUGUGUUCCCUAUAAUAUGGGCUCAGCAAGACCUCUGCUCACUAAAUGCCACACGGGCCCCUGUCGUGACGGCUUAAUAAUGCCUUUACCAGGUGCACAAUACAGACCCGGUCCCGACCUCCUCCCGGUACACAUUCACGACUCCUGGAGACUCAGAAAAUGGCUUUUCAGAGUCCAACUCAAAGAGUCUAUAAAACCAAAGACGUGCCAGUCAAACAAAAGUGAUCUUCUGCAUGACCCUCUUCGCUUUCCUUCAUCAGAUUGAAAUAUCUGAUUUCUUGAGGUAUCUCUGGAUUUUUUGGGAGCUGAAAACCACCCAGGAGUAAUUGGAGCAGAGCAGGGAUCAGAUCUAAGGAGUUUGAAGAUGAUGCACUUUUUCCUGAAACUCAUCUAGUGAACGAGUGAACAUCUAGGCGAGACUGACAGGACGCCCCGAAGAGAGGAGUGCAUCAAUUUAGAGCCAUGCUGUCAAUCCAGCUCUAACCUGGCGUUCAAGCAUCCGCUGACCUCCGUUCAUUGCUAAGGACGUGAAAACCUAAUAAAGUAUGAGACAUGGGACCAAUUUUCUUCUCCAUCUUUGGUAAAAGCCAUGAAAACCCACGCCUGCCAGAACAGCACAUCUGCCCUUAAUAACUGGAAAUCCUCCUUUGCCGCCUGAGUCAUGGUUGCUGGAUUUUUGGGAUCCUCUGAAAAAAGGCCACGGAGUGUGUGUCAGAUUUUGGGCGAUGGAGAGCCACAGGUGCGCUCAGGCUCAGCCACAGGCUCAGGUGAGCUCGGGUGUCGCUUCCCCGUCCUCUGGACUCCCUCACCGGGCGGCUCUGAUUCUGGCCCGGGGUGGCAGUAAAGGAAUCCCUCUGAAGAACAUCAAGAAUCUGGCCGGUGUUCCUCUCAUCGGAUGGGUUCUGAGAGCCGCCUUGGACUCAGGAGUCGUUGACAGCGUGUGGGUUUCCACAGAUCAUGACGAAAUUGAACGGGUCGCAAAAGUCUGGGGUGCGAAAGUUCAUCGUCGCAGUCCUGAAGUUUCCAACGAUUAUUCCAGCUCUCUGGAGACUAUCCAGGAGUUCAUCCGACUGAGACCCGAGGUGGACAUCGUCUGUCAUAUUCAGGCUACGUCUCCAUGUCUGCACCCUCAUCAUAUCAGAGAAGCCCUACAGAUGAUCACGGGACAGGGGUAUGACUAUGUGUUUUCAGUGGUGCGCAGACACCAGUUUCGGUGGGAAGAGGUGGACAAGAAAGUGGGUAAGAAUCCGACUUCGCCGAACAUCGAUGUGGCGCACAGACCUCGACGCCAAGACUGGCCUGGGGAACUCUAUGAAAAUGGCUCUUUCUACUUUUAUAAGAGAAAGGACCUGGAAAAUGGCCUUACACAGCUGGGCAAGAUCGCGUACUAUGAAAUGCUGCCGGAGCACAGCGUUGACAUCGACGUGGACAUCGACUGGCCUGUCGCUGAGCAGAGAGUUCUGAGGUUUGGCUACUUCGGCCGAGAGGAGAAAGCGGCGGUCAGGCUGUUUCUGUGUAAAGUGUCUGGAUGUUUGACCAGCAGUCAGAUAUACACGUCGGUUUCUGGAGAGGAUCUUGUGGCCAUUAAUGCUCGAGACGUGGCAGGCGUACAGAUGCUAAAGAGAGAAGAUAUAGAGGUGAUCCUCAUAUCCAGCGUGAACGAGCUGCUGUCCAGGGCUCUCCUGGAGAAAGUGUCCCAGCGGGUCGGAUGUGUCCUCGGGAUUGUAGACCAGCAGAAAGGGCUUGAUGUGAAGCGGCUGAUGGAAAAGAGGAAACUACGCUGGGAUGAAGUGGCCUUCAUGGGUUCAGAAGCUGAAGACGUAGAGAUCCUGUCUCAGGUGGGGCUGAAUGCCGUCCCAUGUGACGCACCUGUGGCAGAUCUCAUCGCAGCGAAAUACACCUGUCAGAGACCCGCCGGCCACGGAGCCGUUCGAGAGUUUGCCGAGUACAUUCUGAAGCUGAAGAAAAAGAGCUCGUCGCACGUCAACCAGGAUCGCAUUGACAGGGCUCAUUUUUAAAACGGAUUUCAGUUUCAAUUUUAAACAGAUUUUUUAAUCAGUUUGUGUUGCUGUUAUGUAAAUGUACGUAACAUUUGAAUCUAAUUUGAAUGAAUAAAACACCUGAGUGUCUUACUAAAA